UUUCUUUUGUUCCCAUCACAGCAGAACUCGGGCAGAUGGUGAGGUCGUCUAGUUGGGCACCAGGCUGUGAUGACAUACACUGCCGCACGACCAAUCUCGCGUUUGAAAUCAGUUGACAGGACUCGCAGCUCUGGUCAGCGCCAGGUGCUCUCUGUAUGUUUACUUGAAGGAGGGUACGAGCUCAGAGAAGCGCGAGCUCAAGGCAAGCGCUGUGCUCGGGUUACCAGUGGCAAUGAUAAAGCUAUUCAGUCAGCCGCGGGCGAAGCACAGAGGACAGAAGAACGGCGGCUGAGGAAAUCAAAACUAAACCUCUGUGAAGAGACGUCGCUUUUUGCUAAGUUAAAUAUUGUAUUAUUAAUUUUUCAUAUAUAUAGUAGUAUUAUCUUUCAAGACUGAGCGCUCGAAUUGCCUGUUUUUUCCUGUGGCAGCUAAGUAUGUGUACAGGGGGAGAGGCAUUCUUGUGGUUGAUAAAAUGCUAAGACUUAUUCAGCAGAAUUGUGAGAAGAGAGAAAAACACGUGAGUGGAGGAAGAGGACAACCCUGAACAUCCCCUGGCCCCCUUCUGAAACGCACACACACUUGCAAUCAUCGCGGACUGCUCGCACUCUCACACUAACUGUGGAUGGACUGCAGCUCUAGAAAAAACCCACUACAGGCAGGGAGGACACUGAUGCCCAUGAUCCUACACCUAUCCUCCAGGCUGUCCUCAGGAACCCUGCCUCUCCUCUAAGUUCAGUGUGACCAGACAGAGAGCAGACAACAUGGCUCCAAGCCCCCUCCCCUGGCCCCCGCUGGCAUGGCUGUGUGUGGGGCUGCUGUUGCCCCUGGUGCAGGGCGGGGAGUGCCCGCGGCUGUGUGUGUGUGAGGUGCGCCCCUGGUUCACCCCCCAGUCCACCUACAGGGAGGCGGCCACGGUGGACUGCAACGACCUGCGGCUGACACACAUCCCCUCCAACCUGUCUUCUGACACCCAGGUGCUGCUGCUCCAGAGCAACUCCAUUGCCCACACCAGCGGUGAGCUAGAGGCCCUGUUCAACCUGACAGAGCUGGACCUGUCCCAGAACAACUUCAGCACAAUGGAGGCUGUGGGCCUGGCCAACAUGAACCAGCUUACCACCCUUCACCUGGAGGAGAACCAGAUUAGCCAGCUGCCUGACCACUGCCUGCAGGACCUCAGCAACCUACAGGAGCUCUACAUCAACCACAACCAGAUCUGCACCAUCGCCCCCGGGGCUUUCUCCGGUCUGCAUAGCCUGCUGCGCCUCCACCUCAACUCCAACAGGCUCCGGGUUAUCGACAACCGCUGGUUCGAGGCAACGCCCAACCUGGAGAUCCUGAUGAUCGGAGAGAACCCUGUCAUUGGCAUCCUGGACAUGAACUUCAAGCCACUGGGGAGCCUGAGGAGCCUGGUCCUGGCCUGCAUGGACCUCACUGACAUUCCUGGGAAUGCUCUGGUGGGCCUGGAUAACCUGGAGAGCCUAUCCUUCUACGACAACAAGCUGGUCCGGGUGCCCCAGCUGGCCCUGCAGAAAGUGCCCAACCUGAAAUUCCUGGACCUGAACAAGAACCCAGUGCACAAGAUCCAUGAGGGAGACUUCAGGAACAUGCUGCGUCUGAAGGAGCUUGGUAUCAACAACAUGGCUGACCUGGUAUCCAUCGACUGUUACGCCCUGGACAACCUGCCUGAGCUGACCAAGCUGGAGGCCACUAACAACCCCAAGUUGUCCUACGUGCACCGGACGGCCUUCAGGGACGUGUCCUCCCUGGAGAGCCUGAUGCUAAACAACAAUGCCCUCAACUCUGUCUACCAGCACACCGUUGAGGCGCUGCCCAACCUCCGCGAGAUCAGCCUGCACAGCAACCCACUACGCUGCGACUGUGUCAUCCAGUGGAUGAGCUCCAACAGGACCAACGUGCGCUUCAUGGAGCCCCUGGCUAUGCUGUGUACCUCGCCGCCCGAGCUCCGGGGCCAGCGGGUCAGAGAGGUGAAGCUGCCGGACUCCCCAGAGCAGUGCCUGCCCUUCAUCUCCCAGGACACCUUCCCCAGCCACCUGAGCCUUGAGCUGGGCAUGAGUGUCAGCCUGGACUGCAGGGCUAUUGCUGAGCCCGAGCCAGAGAUAUACUGGGUGUCUCCUAUGGGGAGCAAGAUAACAGUGGACACAGUGUCGGAGCGGUACCACCUGAGCAGUGAGGGCACCCUGCGACUGUCCCACGUCCAGGUGGAGGACUCCGGUCGCUACACCUGCAUAGCCCAGAACACAGAGGGCGCCGACACACGCGUCACCACCAUCCGCGUCAAUGGCACCCUGCUGGACAGUGCCGAGGUGAUGAAGAUCUACGUCAAGCAGACCGAGUCCCACUCCAUUCUGGUCUCCUGGAAAAUCAACUCCAACGUCAUGACCUCCAACCUCAAGUGGGCAUCGGCCACCAUGAAGAUUGACAACCCCCACAUCACCUACACUGCACGCGUGCCCGUCGACGUGCACGAGUACAACCUGACCCACCUGCAGCCGGCCACCGAGUACGAGGUGUGCCUCACUGUUUCCAACAUUCACCUGCAGACCCACAAGUCGUGCGUCAACGUGACCACGCGCAGCGUCACCUUCACCCUGGACGUGUUGGACCAGAGACCUAGUGCCGCCCUGUUAGCCAUCAUGGCCACCAUGCUGGCCUUCCUUAGCCUGGCUACGGUGGGGGUGUAUGUGGCCCGGCGCUGGAAGAGGAAGAACUACCACCACUCCCUGAAGAAGUACAUGCAGAAGACCUCCUCCAUCCCCCUCAAUGAGCUCUACCCGCCCCUCAUCAACCUAUGGGAGGCAGACAGUGAGAAGGACAAGGAGGGCGGUACAGAUAGCAAGCCCUCCCCCGUGGACACCACACGCAGCUACUACAUGUGGUGAAGCAGGCCUGGCCCAGGCCACCCCUCCACCAGCACACACAGACACACUUUUGCCAUUUUGGUGCAAAAGUCAUAUAAAAGUCAUAAAACAUUUGUUUUUGUAUUUUUCUGCUUUGCUAACACAUGGCAGAGUGAUAAAGGACAGGAUUUUUAUUAGUAUAGCGUAUCGCCUUUGUUUGACUCUCUUUUUUCUCUUUUAUCGUUUGGACUAUUCCAAGAUGGCAGCUGUGUCUAGCUUCCAGAUUGUCUUAGUUGCUGCAUUUUAUUUCUGUGAUGCGUUUUUGAUAGCACAGCUUUUUGUCUUGUUGCUGAUGCAGCAACAGGUACUAUUAGUCUAGGUAAAGGUUCCCCUGGCAAUGUUAGGGAUUGCAGUGCUUAUUCUCUCCUUUUGUAAAUCAGGUCAUCUGUUGUGCACUGAAAUGUAAAUGAGUUUGUAUGGACUUCAAUUAAAAGCUGACUAAGGGGAUUAGACUUCGUAUACUGUCUACUGAAUAACUCUAGCGAUUGUACGGUAAUGUUGAAUCAACUUAUCAUUUUAAACUCUUUUUUUGUAAUUAGUUUGCUGAUAAAUGUGCUGUAAAACUAGAAAUGUGAAUGUUUGAUAACAUAACUAGGUACAGUAGUAGCUUUUUUUAUUUACUCUUCAAUUAUUUAUUUCUUAUUUGCUCAAAUCUGUUGCUGAACACUUACAUUUGUUGUGAUUUUAACAUGCAAAAUGUUGUAUAUGAGGAAGAAGUUUAAAUAAAUAACAUUUUUGUUUUUUUUUAUAUAAAUGUCUCUCAA